GAAAUCCAUCAUGAAGAAGAACGAUGCUGACAAGCAGGGGAACAGAGGAGGAGCCAAGAAGAACCUAAAGUUUGUGGGAGUCAACGGAGGGUAUGAGACUACCUCCAGUGAGGACGAAUCCAGUGAGGAGGAGAAGGAGGAGGCAGGGGAGGAGGAGGUGGACAGCUCUGAGAAUGAGGAGCAGCAGGAGGAGCAGGAGAAGGAGGAGGGAGCUGGAGCAACUCAGGCCCAGGAAGCAGGGGCCCAGGCUGGGAAGACAGAGGGCCAGGAAGACCCCCAGGACCCAGAGAACAGCCAGGCACUCCUGGAGGAGCAGCCAGCUGCAGCAGGGGAGACGAUAGAUAAGGGCUUCAUGGAAGCGUGUCACUACAUUAAGGAUCGUAUGGCAGAAGUGGUGACCCCUGAUAAAGAAAUGAGACAUGUCCUGAUGGUAUUGUACCAGGAGUGGUUCCGUGUGUCCAGUCAGAAGGAUUCUCUGGCCGACACCGUCACCCUCUACCUGAGAGAGGUGGGCAUCACCACUCCAACUCUGCUGCGUUACAUUGUGAACCUGGCCGACGGUAACGGCAACACAGCGCUCCACUACAGCGUGUCCCACUCCAACUUCCCUGUGGUCAAACUGCUGCUGGACACAGGUCUGUGUGAGGUGGACAUCCAAAACAAGGCGGGCUACACAGCAGUGAUGCUGGCCUCCCUAACAGCUGCUGAUAGAUCAGAGGACAUGGAGGUGGCUCUGCAGCUGCUGAGACAGGGAGAUGUCAACGCCCGCGCCCGCCAGGCAGGGCAGACGGCUCUGAUGCUAUCGGUUAGCCAUGGUCGUACAGCCAUGGUGCGGUUGCUGCUGAGCUGCCAAGCUGACCUCAACAUUCAGGACAAAGAUGGUUCGACCGCACUCAUGUGUGCGUGUGAGCACGGUCACACCGAGAUCGCUCGGGUGCUACUGGAGUCUGGACACUGUGACACCAGUCUCACAGACAAGGAUGGUCAGAGUGCUCUGUCGGUGGUGGUAGCGGCCUCCAAUGCUGAGCUAGUUGACCUUCUCAAGUCCCACUCAGACUCCACCACCACCCAGGCCUCCAACCCCUCCACCACCUCUCUUCCCCCCAGUAGCCCCUCUCUAACCCCACCCACCCUGGACCCACUAUACCCCGGACCGCUUUCCCUGGACCAGAGGAGGCUGGUGGGUGGAGCUAUAGGAGGACGGGCUCAUUGUAAUGGCUGGAGUGGAAUGAACUGCCACUGUCAUGGACCAUACCCUUUUCCAGACUGUCUGGAGGACAGUCAAAGGCUGUAUUCACCACCACUGCCUAUAUCUCCCCACCGACCAGAGCUCAGCUCACAGAUAGGCUUACUGGACCUGAGCCACAGGGAACCAGAAUAG